AUGUCUGGCCAGCAAAAGAACCAUGUAUACUCACAUAAGAGAUUCGCCCAAAACUCCACAAAAAUCAACACCAAUAAUCUAUCUAAAGACCAGCAGUAUCAUUUAAGAUUCCUUGAUGGUUUUGAUCCCGACAAAAGCCAUUCCUAUCCAAUGAUCAAAGGCUUCCCACUGGAUAGAAUUAAAUUCAUGAUAUCACAAUUUGAAUAUCUUAAUAAUAUCCAUAAACUCCAAACCUUGCCUUCAACACGUGAACCAAGAAAGAGUAAGAUGGCCGCUGCUUACUACUUUGACAAAAAUCAAGAUCUUUUUGACCAAAUUUUUAGCGAUCCAUCUCUUGAGAUUCAUGAUUACCCUUAA